AUGGCGGCGCGGCGGCGGCUGAGGGGGACCAGCGGCUGCCGUCGGGCGUCAGCUUCUAAAGCACCAAAUGAAACCGACAAUACAGAAGACUCUCCUCCUGCCAAGAAAACUCGAAGAUGCCAGAGGCAGGAGGUGAAAAAUGAACCUGUGCCUGGAGGAAAGGCUGAUAAGGACCGAACAGAAGACAAGCAAGAGUCUGUGAAGACCUUGCUGUUAAAGGGCAAAGCUCCCGUGGACCCAGAGUGCACCCUAAAGGUGGGGAAGGCCCAUAUCUACUGUGAAGGGAAUGAUGUGUAUGAUGUCAUGUUAAAUCAGACCAAUCUCCAAUUCAACAACAACAAGUACUAUCUGAUCCAGCUGUUAGAAGAUGAUGCUCAGAGGAACUUCAGUGUUUGGAUGAGAUGGGGCCGAGUUGGGAAAACGGGGCAGAACAACUUGGUGGCUUGUUCAGGGGACCUCAACAAGGCCAAGGAAAUCUUUCAGAAGAAAUUCCUUGACAAAACAAAAAACAAUUGGGAGGAUCGUGAGAAGUUUAAGAAGGUGCCUGGAAAAUAUGAUAUGGUACAGAUGGACUAUACCACCAAUACUCAGAAUGAAGAAGAAACAAAAAAAAAGGAAUCUCUUAAAUCCCCCUUGAAACCAGAGUCACAGCUAGAUCUUCGUGUACAAGAGCUGAUAAAGCUGAUCUGUAAUGUCCAGGCCAUGGAAGAGAUGAUGAUAGAAAUGAAAUAUGAUACCAAGAAAGCCCCACUGGGGAAGCUGACAGUGGCACAAAUCAAGGCAGGUUACCAGUCUCUUAAGAAGAUUGAGGACUGUAUUCGGGCUGGCCAGCAAGGACGAGCUCUCGUGGAAGCAUGCAAUGAAUUCUACACCAGGAUCCCACAUGACUUUGGACUCCGUACUCCUCCAUUAAUCCGGACAGAAAAAGAACUGUCAGACAAAAUACAACUACUAGAGGCUUUGGGAGACAUUGAAAUUGCCAUUAAGCUGGUCAAGACCGAGCUGCAAAGCCCAGAACAUCCACUGGACCAACACUAUAAAAAACUGCAUUGUGCUUUGCACCCUUUAGACCAUGAAAGUUAUGAGUUCAAAAUAAUUUCCCAGUAUCUUCAAUCUACUCAUGCUCCCACACACAGUGACUAUACCAUGACCUUGCUGGAUGCUUUUGAAGUAGAGAAGGAGGGUGAGAAAGAAGCCUUCAAAGAGGACCUUCAUAACAGGAUGCUGCUAUGGCAUGGUUCCAGGCUGAGUAACUGGGUAGGAAUCCUGAGCCAUGGGCUUCAGAUUGCCCCACCCGAGGCUCCCAUCACAGGUUACAUGUUUGGAAAAGGAAUCUACUUUGCUGACAUGUCUUCCAAGAGUGCCAAUUACUGCUUCGCCUCUCGCCUAAAGGAUAUUGGAUUACUGCUCCUGUCAGAGGUAGCUCUAGGUCAGUGUAAUGAGCUACUGGAGGCCAACCCAGAGGCAGAAGGAUUACUUCAGGACAAACACAGCACCAAAGGACUGGGCAAGAUGGCUCCCAAUUCUGCGAGCUUCGUCACCCUGAAUGGGAGUACAGUGCCCUUAGGACCAGCACAUGACACAGGAGUUCUGAAUCCAGAUGGUUAUACCCUCAACUACAAUGAAUUUAUUGUCUAUAAUCCCAACCAGGUCCGAAUGCGAUACCUUCUAAAGGUUAAAUUUAAUUUCCUGCAGCUGUGGUAA